UGUUCUACAUUACGAUUUUCUUAUCUUAACUUGAUAAAAUAACAUCGACACUUUUCAAGUUAAAUCAUCUUAGUAAAUAAUUUUUUUUAUUGUAAUAUUUUAUCAGUUGUCGACUUAUGAUAAAGAGCUAAUAAGUGGAACGAUUAAAGUAAAAGCUGUUGGAAUGUUUAGGAAAUUUUAGCUGAGCUUAUAGAUAUAGAUGAAUCAUCGCGAAUUAGUUCAAUAUAAUGGUCACAUAUGUUUGCAGAUUUUUCAAGAGAGACAAUGCGUGGCGGAGGAACAGAUAAAAUUAUCAAUUCGGAAAAUACACAUGGAACCUUGAACACAAAAUCAGAGAUUUUUAAGAGAUUCAUGGACGAAGAUACUGACUUAGUUUCUUCUUCGACUAAGGUUCUAGAAGUUGAGUAUUCAAGUUUUGAGAGGCUUGAACAGAACCAUUCUAACUAUGAAAGUUAUAAAGACAUAAAAUCGGAAUGCAUAAAUGAUAUUCAAUCGGAGAUCAUUCGGAAAGAUGACAAGUACAGAAUUAAUUAUUCCCAUUGCGAAAUUUCAACUAUAGAUACCCGAAAGUCAACCACUUACAAUAUAUUAGACGAAAACUCUAUUCUAUCUUUGACAAACAGCAAUUUUUGUGUUGAGGUUAAAGGGAAAAAGGAAAAACAAUGUAAUAGUGUAUCCUAUAUGCGAUCGCCUCUAAAUGAGCUAUGUACAAAACAGAAUGAUUCUAAAUAUAUUUUGAGGUCCUCUUCAUUCUUGGAUAAUGUUAGUUCGAAAAGUUGCGGUAUUGAAGACACAGAGCAAACUGAUCUAGAGUCUAUCAAGAUCAAUAUAGAAACUAUUGCCCAACGUAAUAGUUGCACCCAAGGUAACCUACUGCUGUCAUUUGAAAUGCCUGGUGAAACCCAGAAUGAUGAGUCAAUUGAUUUUGAGAAUAAUGACAGCCUGGUAAAACUGAAACCAGAACUUAGCGGCGAUUUUAGUUACUACGAUGACAAGUUGAAGUCUGCUCCACAGUAUAUAUGUGUAAUUGAGGCUAUACGAGAAUCAAACGAAAAUUUAUCAUAUGUCUUGUCUCUUAACUUAAAACAAGCAAGUUCCAUAGGACGACAAGCUCCUAACGAGAAAGGAAACAACGAUCCAGUCCACGACACUAAACCGGAAUCAAUCUUGAAAGAUAAUCCAAGGAGCGACGCACGAAGUAUAACUCUUUCUAAUUUUUCUAGUUUUGGUGGAGGUGGAGGAGGAGGAGGAGAUGAAGAUCCUCCAAGACGUACCGAUAUUUCAAAGGAACCAGAUGAUAAUGAGGAAGCAGAUGAAGAUGAACAAAUGUUAGAAAAUUUUCUUUUGGGAAUGGACUCUUACCAGCAGUUAUCUCCUAAGAUUAUUGCAAAAAUUAACAAGUUUCUGUUAAACCCUUCCAUAGAUGGGGCACUCGGAGCUGCUGUUAAACAUUUUACCACUUGUAAGGAUUUUGAAUCUUGCGCAUUGUGCGAAGCUAUCUUAGAAAUCCUGGCUCAGCAUUUGAAAAACUGUUUUUAUGAUACAUGCAACAUAGUUUGGUGUCAACAAUAUCACAGCAAAUUCCAAAGGAAACAUAAUCCAAUGCUAACACUCAAAAAGCCAAAAUUUCAAGACCGAUUGAGGAAGUACAUGGAAGAACAAAUAAAUAAGGAAAAGACCUGUAUAAAAGAACUCAAAAGGGAGAUACUUGAGUGUUCUUCCUCAAGUUUUACCACCUCCAGUUUGACAAGGAAUCCUGGAAAAGUAAGAUACACAACAAAAUAUUCAGAUUUUAAGUCCUUUCAAGAUAAUUUAGCAAAUAGUCAAGUCUGUAACGAAGGAUUUAUAUGGAAAAAAAUGAGCAAGAAGAUAAGCAUUUUCAACGGAGGAUAUAAACUAAAUGAAAAUUAUACCCAGCUAUCUGGUUUGGGGAACAAUAAAGGAGGGCAAGGAAAAAUCUAUCAAGUUAAAGAUUUGGAAACUGGUUAUAUUUUUGCUAUUAAGCAAGAAGUUCUGGCAAAACAUAUAGAAUACAAUCUCUCUGAAGUCGAAACUUGGGCCAAGGCUGCGCUGGAAGAUGACCAAAUCGUCCAAUUUUAUGGUGUGAUUAAGGAAAAUGACAAAUUAAAUUUAUUGAUGGAGUACAUUGAGGGGGAAGACCUCGAGUCUAUGAUAAAGACUUCAAAAAAGUUAAGCGUUAAGCAAACUAUAUUCUACAUUAAAGGUGUUUGCCAACAACUAUCAGUUCUCCAUAAAUUAAACAUUGUUCACGAAGAUAUUAAAGCUGCAAACGUCAUGGUUCGGCGAAGGAAUGGUCGUCCGGUGCUGGUUGAUUUUGGUCUGUCACGAUUCCUAACAGAAAACCAUAGGGGCUAUAGAGGAUCGAUAUUUGCUUUUAGUCCAGAGAAAGUAAGAGGUGAAUACAAUAAGGCAGCUGAUAUUUGGGCUAUCGGUAUAAUGGCUGCCCAUGUAAUAACUGGAGAAGUACCUUGGGCAGAUUGUCGAGGAGAAAUUGUCUUUACCAUAGGAAUGUGUAAGAGACCUCCGAUACUGGAGAAAUUAAGCAAAUAUACUUCAUCAAAGAGGUCUCUGAAAGAUUUUUUUGAUAAAGUUUUUGAAAUCGAACACAAGAAAAGGAUUGAGAUAGAUAAUCUGUUGAGACAUACCUUAUUUAGGGAAGUUACUUACACUGACGAGAUGUCAAUGCCUGCUACAUUAAGAUCCCGACAGAAAUCGAGAAAUUUAAACGUGUUUAGUGAUGAAAAUUCACCAAUGGACACAUCAGUACCGGAUGAAGAUAUUAUGUCGUCAACAUUCUUCAACAUAAUGGAUAGAAUCAGUCACAUCCGUAUUCCCGAGGAAGUUUCAAACAGCUUAUAUAGUCUAGAGGAAAUGAAACUGUUAACAGAAUUUUUGAAGUCGUAUCCCGAUCCUGAACACUUAGAAACUUUUAUAUUGGAAGUUGCUGGAUCAACAAGACCAAGCCAACAGCAAACUAGAGUGCUAAUUCCCAAUAAGCAGGUUCCACUUCCAGUUUUUUUACAGCAAGAAAGAAUGGCAACUCCUGAUAGACAGGCUCCACUACCAGCUGUUUUACAGCAAGAAAGAGCGGCAACUCCUUAUAGACAGGCUCCACUACCAGCUGUUUUACAGCAAGAAAGAGCGGCAACUCCUAAUAGGCAGGCUCCACUACCAGCUUCUUUACAGCAAGAUAGAAUGGCAACUCCUAAUAGGCAGGCUCCACUACCAGCUGUUUUACAGCAAGAAAGAGCGGCAACUCCUAAUAGGCAGGCUCCACUACCAGCUUCUUUACAGCAAGAUAGAAUGGCAACUCCUAAUAGGCAGGCUCCACUACCAGCUGUUUUACAGCAAGAAAGAGCGGCAACUCCUAAUAGGCAGGCUCCACUACCAGCUUCUUUACAGCAAGAUAGAAUGGCAACUCCUAAUAGGCAGGCUCCACUACCAGCUGUUUUACAGCAAGAAAGAGCGGCAACUCCUAAUAGGCAGGCUCCACUACCAGCUUCUUUACAGCAAGAUAGAAUGGCAACUCCUAAUAGGCAGGCUCCACUACCAGCUGUUUUACAGCAAGAUAUUAGUAGACCCUCAGCUCAAAAUCUUCCGCAAGUUGUGUGUGAUGAAAAUAAGUCCAUAGAACAAGAAAUAAACCAAGGGGUACAAAGAGUUGAUUCUGAUCAACUUCCCGAUUUUGAGGCUCUAAUACACCCUAUGCUUUCUAUGAAUAUCAGGGAGAUUGAUGAUUCUGGGAGCAGCACAGAAAUUGAACCUGAAAAACCAACCCAUCAAUCGAAUAUAAGCAGUUUAGCAUUUGAAGAUUUUUUGAGAAAUGAUUUAGCUGUAAUAGAUGACGGAAGUAACCAAUUCGGGACUCUAAGGGACGAUGACAGCAGUGUAGAGAGAGAUUCGAUAGAUUCCAACAUAAAUGAGGAUGAACCUGAGGUGGAUUGGUUUGAUAAGGAACUGUCAUCUAUAGAAAAUGACUCAACUAUAAAAUUUAUUUGUGAAGGUUCUGAAGACAAGGAAUAUGGACUUCGUAGGAUGGAAACGUGGUCAAAUAUUCUUAAACUUAUGGCGAAUAAAUUUCAUGAAGACGGAGAAAAAAGGCGAUUUGUAGUCUGCUAUAACAAUAGUGGAAGACUAAUUGAUCCUGGAGAGAAAGUAAAUCCAAGUGACGAUAGAGAUCUAAGAACUGUUGUGGUGAAACGUUGGAAUAGAAGCUACUCAUGGUUCUUAGAUGAACAAGGGCACAUUAAACACGACCAGCAAACUCCCUAA